CUGAACAACUAGGCUUUACUGCGCUCUCUCUCUCUCUCUCUCUCCUUGCUCAUAAAACCAAACGUUGCUUCAGCUAUCUGCUCAAUUUCCAGAUACAUAUAAAUUUGUGUCGGGGUUCCAUUCGGGUUAAUACUACCCAAAGAUUGUGUUAUUCCAGCAUAAAUUCAUUCUUCGCCGGUGAAUCGGCCAUGGAUUCCUUCUCGACAUCUGCUUGAAGAGGUCUGUGUACGCCUUUCCACUUUAUCUAUAAUUCCCUCUAUGCUCAAAUUGCUUCCAAGGGUGAUUAUUCUGCAUAUCCAAAAGCAUAUAAGCCUCCCGCCCCCUUUUUAGCAUCCCUUUCACAAGGGUUUUAGACCUGUUCGUUAGCCUAAAGGAAUCAGAAUUCAGAUAAAAAAAAAGAUGUCGGAUGUGGACCACUUAAUAGCCAAGAAAGUAGCUGAUCGAUACCUGAAACGUGAAGUUCUUGGAGAAGGUACCUAUGGUGUCGUCUACAAAGCCAUUGAUACUAAGAGUGGACAAACUGUUGCAAUAAAGAAAAUCCGGCUUGGAAAGCAGAAAGAAGGGGUGAAUUUUACAGCACUUAGAGAAAUAAAGUUACUGAAAGAGCUCAAGGAUCCAAACAUAAUAGAACUUAUUGAUGCUUUUCCUCAUAAAGGAAACUUGCAUCUUGUUUUUGAAUUCAUGGAGACUGAUCUUGAAGCUGUUAUUCGGGAUAGGAACAUUGUUCUUUCUCCCACUGAUAUUAAAUCUUACCUUCAAAUGACAUUGAAAGGACUUGCUUUUUGCCAUAAGAAAUGGGUUUUACAUAGGGAUAUGAAACCAAAUAAUCUGUUGAUAGGACCUCGUGGACAACUAAAACUUGCAGAUUUUGGUUUGGCGCGUAUAUUUGGUAGUCCUGACAGAAGGUUCACUCACCAGGUAUUUGCUCGAUGGUAUAGAGCACCAGAGCUCUUAUUCGGAGCAAAACAAUAUGGUCCGGGGGUUGAUGUUUGGGCGGCAGCUUGUAUAUUUGCUGAGCUUCUUCUACGCCGCCCGUUUCUACAGGGUAGCAGUGACAUCGACCAAUUGGGUAAAAUCUUUGCUGCAUUUGGGACUCCAAAAGCUUCUCAAUGGCCCGAUAUGAUUUAUCUGCCCGACCAUGUUGAAUAUCAGUAUGUUCCCGGGCAGCCACUUCGGGCACUUUUUCCAAUGGCAAAUGAUGAUGCCUUGGAUCUUUUGUCCAAGAUGUUUGCUUAUGAUCCAAAAGCUAGAAUUUCAGCUCCAAUGGCAUUAGAACAUAGGUACUUCACUUCGGGACCUCCUCCUACAGAACCGGCUUUGCUUCCACGGCCUCCACCAAAGAGGGAGUCUGUAGACUCAAAGCCGCCCUCGGAUGGUGGUGGUGGCCCCACGGUGUUAUCACCUACAAGAAAAUCAAGAAGAGUAAUGCCACAUCAGCAUGACCAUGGAAAUGAAAGAAGUGGACCCGCACCAAUGUCACUAGAUUUUUCUGUCUUCGCCGCAAGGCCGCCAGCUAGACCGACAAUUAACAGUGCUGACAGAAGCCAUUUGAAGAGAAAAUUAGACCUGGAAUUCCAAGUCCCCGAAGAAGAUUGAUGAAAUUGAAAUUUUAAACAUGUCAGAUUUAAUUAUAUAUUUAUAUAUUAUUUUUAUUGUAUUGGACUAGUGGAAUUUUUGUGAUCCGAAUAAUUGAUGUAUUUUUGAUAAUUAAUCAGACAUGGAAUUUAGACUUACGAUGUCUAACUGAUAUAGAAUCAUGACUGGACGCUUUUUGUGGUAUAAAAAUAGUUGUGAUUGUUUGUUUAAUAUUGAAAUAAUGUGUUGAG